AUGCUAGAGUACUGGAUGGCGAACAAUGCCACAGGGACGAACGGCAGCGAGCUGGAGAUCGAGGAGGUCCUGGAGGAUCCUGGAUCGGCGAUCCUCUUCGGAGGAUACCCACCCUGGCUGCUCUACUUCGCCGCGGGAUGCUGCCUCCUAUUUAUGCUGAUCGGCAUCCCUGGCAAUCUGAUAACCGUGGCUGCCCUCUUUCGCACGAAGAAGUUGAGGAACGCCACGGCGGUCUUCAUCAUGAACUUGUCCGUCUCGGACUUGAUGUUCUGCUGCUUCAACCUGCCUUUGGCGACCUCCACGUUUUGGCACAGUUCUUGGCUUCAUGGACCACUUCUCUGCAGACUGUUCCCUCUGCUCAGAUACGGUUUGGUCGCUGUCAGCCUCUUUACUGUCUUAGCAAUAACGAUCAAUCGAUACGUCAUGAUCGGCCACCCCAGGUUGUACCCCAAACUUUACAGGCCGAGGUACUUAGCUCUGAUGGUUCUAGCAACUUGGAUCUCGGGAUUUGGAGCAUUAAUCGCCACGUGGUUCGGUCAGUGGGGUAGGUUCGGGCUGGACCCAACAAUCGGUUCUUGUUCGAUUCUACCAGAUGUCAAUGGACGCAGCCCAAAGGAAUUCCUCUUCAUCCUCGCAUUUUUAACUCCUUGCAUCGCCAUCGUGGUCUGCUAUGCGAGGAUCUUCUACAUCGUCAGGAAAACUGCCCUUAAAAGUCGAAGGAACAAAGCUGCCGCCGACCUCGUCAAGGCGAAUCUCGAGGUGAAGUACACGAAGAACUUUGACGACUCCGCUCUCGGGUCCAGCUGUGGAGCGACAUUGACAACGACGGAAAAUGGCAACUCGCCGAUAAAAAACGAAAGGACGAACCUGCUAGCCUCGGCAUCCCCGAAACACAGUCCCAUAUAUCGCGGACACGAGAACACGCAUAAUUUCGAGUUCGACUCCAAGAUACCUCCAAAUGUGAAGAAUCCGAGCAACGAUGAAACAGGGAAGCGAUCCAGCAACGACGAAGAGAAGCGACAAGAUGGACUGGCGAACGAAAACUCUUUCCCUUCCGUUGGGCAGGAUCGAAAAACAACUAGUCGCGAUAAAGUGCAUCUCAAGAUAUCUCCAAAAAACCAGGGACCAAUAAUCACGGAUCAGGAGGACCCCCACGAGCCUGAGGUCCUGAGAAAAGUGUCGAGCAACGAGCCGAACCCGAAAUCGAGACAAGACAAGGGGAACCCUGAAAACGACGCCGAAGACAUACCCUUCAUCGACAACCCUCUUCAGGGAGUCCCGACAGAAAAUCCCGACUCAGUUCCUGGCCAGAUCUGGAACCGAGUGCCCAUCCCGAACCUGAAGUUCUUCGAGGCGGAGCCUGAAAACCACCCGGAGGAGGACACCUUGAAGAACGAGCAACCGAUUUUGGAUCUGAAGAGCUUCGACAAGUCCGAGCGCAGGUGCAGCAUGGAGAACAGCCUGCAGGUGCCGAAGAGAUACCUCCACGAUUUGGGCCACACCUCGGAGAAGCUCUUAAGUCCUCUGAGUGUGAGAUACGACGAAGUUUCCGAAGACUGCGCGAGCUCCAGGUCGGACUCGCCCUCGGAGAAGAGGAUGACGAAGAGGGGCAACGUCUUCCGCAGAGAGUCCAGGUUUAGGAGCGUUCGAGGUCGGAAUUUCGAAACGGGGAAGAUGACCGCGAAGGAUAAGAAGCUGCUGAAGAUGAUCCUCGUGAUCUUCUCGUCCUUCCUUAUCUGCUAUCUGCCGAUCACCGUGUCGAAGACCUUCAGGGAUGUCAUAGACUGGCGGGGACUCAACAUCGCGGGGUACAUCCUGAUCUAUCUGACGACUUGUAUCAACCCCGUCAUCUACGUCGUCAUGAGCUCGGAAUACAGGAGUGCUUACAAAAAUGUCCUGCUCUGCAGGAGCGAAUCGACCACCUCGACGAAACCCCCUGCGAAGCUCUCGACGAAGGAGAAGAAGAGGAGCAGGAAAAAGGUCGGCAUAUCUUAA